AUGGAUCCCUCAAAGAUCCCCUCCGGGCAUAUCUACUGCAUCCAAGACGGAAAGAAGCACUAUGACCUCUUCACCACCAUAUAUAUAAGCGCCAACUAUUGUGGCCGUUGCGGCUUGGCCAACCCCUUUCGGACCCAGCAACGAGCCAGGUCUAAAACUCCAGCACUUCCUGGCCCAUAUGAUGAGGUGGUAGAAGUCGAGGACUCUCCGCCACGGCCAGUCAGCCCAGCAAGUCUGCUGCUGCGUGACAGACCAAAACCAGUGUCAUCCAUGAGCAUCAGACGCGCUGAUCAAUUCCUUCCCAACGAGAUUUCCUCAGCUGAUGCGGUGAACACGCGGGCAGUUAUAGCUCCCUCUCAGUCGUCAAGUGGUCCCCAUUUUAUGUCUGUCGCAUCCGCGGCCAGCCGAGCUAUUCAAAGUUCUAAAGGAAGCACCGGAAAACCUAUGAGGCAGCGAACUGGCUAUCAAUGGGUCCAUGUAGGUCUCCUGCUAGUGAGCGGGUUGGAGACAAGAUACUUCAAUGGGCUUGCAGUCGAGAUCCCAGAGACCGUGUUGCCUCUGAAGGACACCGUGAUCAAGUUUUCCUCGGCAGAUUUACUGACGUGGCCUUCGUUCACCGCAAUUUUGUUCGACCAUCUCCGUCCGCUUCCGCCUGCGAUCGAUCUCACUAACAGAGAUCUCUGGAGCUUAUCGUACGCUUCUAGUUUCUCUGGCAAGAAGAUCGUUACCGUCUCCAAUACCGAUAAGUACGCUACGCCGUCAAGCAUGCUCGCAUCCCGGCACUUUGGAAACAACCAGGCAGGACAAUUGAAGGUAUUGGUGGUUCUGACAUCCACGUUUGUUGUUGAUAAACAGGAGCCAGUCACACCGCUGAGGCCAGAUGAAUAUUCGACGCCGGUCAAAGAAGAAAAGAAACGGAAGAUCAAGCAAGAGGAUACGAGCCCUGCCACCGGACACAAGAAGCGCGUCAAGAAGGAAAGACAGAUGACGGAAGAGGAUGGCGCUAGGAACAUGGAUCAGGCCAAGCAAGAGAUACCCGUCAAGAUGAAGCAAGAAGAACCUGUUCCGGCCCCCUCCAGCCAGAGCCCAACAGACGAUGAGCUUGAAGAUGUUUUUGACGAAAUCGUUGUCCGUGAUGAUGUGGUAGACCUCAGCGAAGUGGAAGAUCCGCUUCAUGAUCUAGUGUUUCGCAGCAUCCCUGGCGAUAAGGGGCGUGAAGGCAUGGUAGACGAGGAAAAUGAAGUGGACGAAGAAGACGGUGAAGAAGUUUUGGGCCCGGAGUAA